AUGGCCACACCGGGUGCCGACUCGGCGACAACAGCGGGAGAGCCGCCCGAAUUCAUUGAGGUGGGCGACACGGCCACGCCCGAAGAGGCGUCUGAACCUGAGGACUGGGAUGCGCGCUCAUCAACGUCGACCUCGCUAGCAUCAGGUAUCCAGAGGCAUGCGUUUGCCAACGGUCGGAGGUCGACUGGAGCUGAGAUGAUUGAUUCAGUUGGAGACCAGUACCCUGGUGCCGAGGUGACUGGCGCCGACUUGUCCCCGAUUCAACCUGAUUGUAACCUUAAGCCCGGUGCUUGGGUUGAAACCCAAGACUUCAACUCCAACGUCAACUGUGACGACGGGACCAUGCCAGAUGACUGGGCCCUUAUCAAAUUUUGGGCCCUUCUUCACGAGGCAAUGCUCAAGCUAAACGUUGACAUUCGGGUUGCUCCACAAAUCGGCGAACUGAUGGAACAGGCCGGAUUUGUCAACGUGAGAAAGACAGCCUACAAAGUGCCGAUUGGCACUUGGCCUAGAAACAACAUCCUCAACCUCGUCGGCGAGUACAUGCGCACAAUUAUGGAGGAUCUGCUUGGCGCAGCUGCGAGCAAGCCACUCAAGACGUUAGGCAUGACGGACACGGAGAUCCAAGUCUUCCUCGUGUCUGUACGAAGCGCGCUGAGGGAUCGCAACGUGCACGCUUAUGGCACAUACUACUCAUGGGUUGGGCAGAAGCCGCUUGAUGCAUAG